CUCAAACUGUGGGCUCAUCAGUGGCCAGCAGGUGUUUGCAUCCAGGAACAUGCUGACAGGCCUUCAACGGGUAUGGCCGUCACAGUUGGCCAGGUCGUAGUGUGGCUUGCAAGGCCUCCUUUCAGGACAUGAGAGAUGGCGAUCUGUAUGCACUCUGAAGCGACAAGAAUAGCAUCGCGCAGCCAUGAAAACAUAUAUAAAGGCCCUCAACUCUCGUCAAUUCUGGUCCUCAUCAACAUCAUCUCAAGCAUCAAGCAUCAGCAUCAGCAUCAGCAUCAGCAUCAGCAUUUGAACAUUCCAACAAUUCUAAUCACUUACCAUCAUCUUAAUCAUCCAUCAAAAUGAAGGCCUCUUUCGCUGCUAUCGCUCUCUCCCUCGGCGCUGCCCUUGCUGCCCCCUCUACCGACUCCAUCAAGAGACAACAAGACUCGCACCCCAUCAGCGUCAGCAGCAUCUCGCUCCGCCAGCUGGAAGAGGGUAACCGCAUCGUCUUCCUCGGCUCCAUCACCCGCCACGACAAGUCCGGCGCCGCUCUGUCAUCUACCAACUGCAACACCCAGUGGAACCCCGAGUUGCCCCCUGGCGCCGAGAACCCUGUCCAGUGCGCCGACCCGGCCUUCAACUUCUACUUCCCCACCGGUGUCAAGUCUCUCGAGAACUACGACAUCGUUGUCAACGGUCCUGAUGGCAAGUCCACUGGUACUAUCGAGAAGGGCCCUCGGUACCAGUGUGGUCCGUACGACGGAACCAUUGAAGGGAUCAAGCAGGAGUGCAAGAUCACCCAGGGCGCCGAGUUCUUCCUCACCCUGGAGUAGAGUAGCUUGCCUACUUGAGAGUCUGGGGGUAUAGGGUGGUAAUGGGGUUUGAUUUAUUCUGAUAUUUGCAUUACUGACAUUGGAGGAAACUGUAUCUACUGCGUGCAUCACAUAAACAUUCCUUAAUAUAAUCCCAACUAAUCAUCGCGCACUAUUCGAACCAUUGUACUGAUGUAUACUAUGGUCUAUAAUCAGUACAAUAUUGUUAUCUACAGCUUCGCUUUAUUCCCAUUAAACUUCCUCCAAAGCGCAGGGAAUACCUCCAU